CCCUAGAGCCAUGCAUCUCAUCCCACAAGCUCAAACCAAACAGUUAGCCUCUCUCCUUCGGCAACCUCGUCCUCACGAAAACACCUUCACUUCCAUUUCGUUUUCUGCAGUUAGCUCUGCAUUGACGCCCAUGGAAAUGGCGGCUAAGUCCCUGGUUUUGUGCACAGUGCUUGCGGUGUGCCUUGCGGUCGCCGCGGCUGGCUGGUCUCCGGGCACCGCCACGUUCUACGGCGGAUCCGACGGCUCCGGCACGAUGGAUGGCGCGUGCGGGUACGGCAACCUGUACAGCGCCGGGUACGGCGUCAACAACGCGGCGCUCAGCGAGACGCUGUUCAACGACGGCGCGUCGUGCGGGCAGUGCUACCUCAUCAUGUGCGACACCGGCAAGUCGACGAGUUGCAAACCCGGCAACACCAUCACGGUCACCGCCACCAACCUGUGCCCGGCCAACUACGCGCUGCCAAACGGCGGCUGGUGCGGCCCGGGGCGGCCCCACUUCGACAUGUCGCAGCCGGCGUGGGAGAACAUCGGCAUCUACAAGGCCGGCGCCAUCCCCGUCCUCUACCAGCGGGUCCAAUGCUCGCGCAGCGGCGGCGUGCGCUUCAGCUUGGCCGGCUCCAAAUACUUCUUGCUCGUCAACAUCCAGAACAUCGGCGGCAGCGGCUCCGUGGGAGCCGCCUGGGUCAAGGGCACCGAGACGGGGUGGAUCCAGAUGUCCAGGAACUGGGGCGCCAACUGGCAGGCUCUGUCCGGGCUCGUCGGCCAGGCGCUCAGCUUCGCCGUGACCAGCACCGGCGGGCAGUACCUGCAGUUCCCGGACGUUGUGCCGGCGUGGUGGCAGUUCGGCCAGACCUUCACCGCCACCAAACAGCAGUUCACUUACUAAAACGUGCAAGCGGCCGGAGUGACCGAUCUCCUUCGCCAUUUCUUGCGGUUCGGUGGAAUGGCGAGUGCGUGCUCGUGAUUUUGACGGAGCUAGCUGCACUUGCCAUUGCAUCCUUGGUGGCCGGCAUUUCCCCUAUGUGAUGCUCCGACUGCGGGAGGUGCGCCCGGUGACGUGUAAUUUCGUAUUUCGUCCCACUUUUGUUAUGUCCAACAAUUGUUUUUCUUAAUUUUCUUAUCUAUCUUGUUAUUUGAGUCUUACAUAUAUGUAAGAAAUAUUUUAAAUGAAUUAUGGAAAUUGUUAUUUGAGGGGACAACAAAUCAUUAUCACUAUUUGAAAAUCCCAUCAAUCGUCAACAAAUAAGUAACAUACUCCUAAAAAAGAAACAAAAUAAUAAUUAAGUGACAUUUUGGGUGUUGAUACAUAAUUCUUUCAUCAUUGAUUUCUAUUUUAUUAAGUCUACAAUUCCUGGUAUAUUAAAAAUAGUUACAGUAUAAAUCUAUGAAAAAUGAUUUUAUAUGUCAAAGGUAAACAUACGUAAAUAUAUCGGUAGAGAAAAUACACAAAAAUUCGGUUGCAUCCCAAAAGCAUCACUUACUUUUUACUAGAGGAAGUAAGAUGUCCAACCUCAGAUGGUACCGAGAUUAAGGCGCAGUGUGCUAUGUUGAACCUGGAUUUACCCAAGAUAUUCAACGUCCGCUUCUCAAUGAUUUUGUGCGGUACUUGCGUUUUUUUACAACUUAACCAGUGCAUUUGUCUAUUUUUCUAAAUAUUUCUACUAACUAUAUACAAAUUUAUAAUUAUACGAAAGUAUAUACUUUAUGGUUAUAUUUACGUGUUAUUAUAUCUAUAUAUUAUUGAACCAAUUGUUCAUAAUUUUUUGUAAAACUUUGACUUACGUUAAAUGUGGAGCCUUGCCUCAUUACAUGUAGGGAGAUAUAAUACUUGUCCCUGUAGUCAUGAGGAAAACUGAUAAUGCACAAUCAUUUUAGCUUUCACUAAUAUUAACGUGGUUUUCUGGAUUGGGUAUAUGGCAAUUUUAGGUAGCAUAUAUAUGUUGAGUUUUUAAAAGUAUUUUAAUCUCAUAUUACAGAGGACAUAGCUGAAGAAAGUUGUAUCGAUUUUUGGAGAAAGUGCUGAUGCCCAAAUCAAAACUCCUUUAUUGUUUCGUUUUCUUGCAUAGUUGCUCAUCCCUUGGGCUGAUAAACUUCUAGCAUGUACUUUAGCUG